AAUGGGGUGCGAGAAUAGGGGAGGAGGCGGGACUUCUGCCCGCCAAUCGGUGGGUGCGCCCUGGUUGCCGCUCUAUUUCUCUCCACCCCGGCUCGCUGGUCCCAGAAGGCGCCGCGCUUCCCAAGAUGGCGGCCGACGUGUCCGUUACUCACCGGCCCCCGCUGAGCCCAAAGGCAGAGGCCGAGACUGAGGCCGGCGAUGCUUUGGAGCGUCGGGUGCCGGAGGAAGAACUGCCGCCGCUAGAUGCCGAAGAAAUCCGCAAACGCCUGGAGCACACCGAGCGCCAGUUCCGUAACCGCCGCAAGAUACUGAUCCGAGGCCUCCCGGGGGACGUGACCAACCAGGAAGUGCAUGAUCUGCUCAGCGACUAUGAGCUCAAGUACUGUUUUGUGGACAAAUACAAAGGGACAGCCUUCGUGACGCUGCUGAAUGGGGAGCAGGCCGAGGCGGCCAUCAGUGCCUUCCACCAGAGCCACCUGCGGGAGCGGGAGCUGUCGGUGCAGCUGCAGCCCACGGAUGCGCUGCUCUGCGUGGCCAACCUGCCUCCGAGCCUCACCCAGCAGCAGUUCGAGGAGCUCGUGCGGCCCUUCGGCAGCCUGGAGCGCUGCUUCCUGGUCUACAGCGAGCGCACCGGCCACUCCAAGGGCUAUGGCUUUGCGGAGUACAUGAAGAAGGACUCGGCCGCCCGUGCCAAGUCGGACCUGCUGGGCAAGCCAAUGGGCCCACGCACCCUCUACGUACACUGGACCGAUGCCGGGCAGCUGACGCCCGCCCUGCUCCACUCGCGCUGCCUCUGUGUCGACCACCUGCCACCCGGCUUCAGUGACGUGGACACCCUGCGCAAGGCACUCUCGGCUGUCCAUGCACCGACCUUCUGCCAGCUGGCGUAUGGUCAGGACGGGCAGCUGAAGGGCUUCGCUGUGCUGGAGUACGAGACCGCGGAGAUGGCCGAGCAGGCCCAGGAGCAGGCCAAUGGACUGGCCCUGGGGGGCAGCCACCUGCGGGUCUCCUUCUGUGCCCCCGGACCCCCCGGCCGCAGCAUGCUGGCUGCGCUCAUCGCUGCCCAGGCCACGGCCCUCAACCGGGGCAAGGGCCUCCUGCCCGAGCCAAACAUCCUGCAGCUGCUUAACAACCUGGGGCCGUCGGCAUCCCUUCAGCUGCUGCUGAACCCCCUGCUCCACAGCAGCGCCGGCGGCAAGCAGGGCCUCCUCGGUGCUCCCCCAGCCAUGCCGCUGUUGAACGGGCCAGCACUGUCCACGGCGCUCCUGCAGCUGGCCCUGCAGUCCCAGGGUCAGAAGAAACCUGGCAUCCUGGGAGACUCACCCCUGGGUCCUCUCCAGCCUGGAGCCCAGCAGGCCAACCCCCUCCUCGGAGAGCUGCCUACAGGGGGGGGCCUGCCACCUGAAAUGCCACCCCGGCGAGGGAAGCCACCACCCCUGCUGCCCCCACUGCUUGGCCCUUCUGCAAGUGACCGAGAGACCAUGGGCCUAGGCCCCUCGGCCCAGCUCACUCCGCCCCCUGCCCCCACGGGGCUCCGAAGCACUGGCCUCAGAGGCCUCCAGAAAGACAGUGGCCCUGUGCUGACACCCCCAGGGGUCUCACUGCUGGGGGAGCCCCCGAAAGACUUCCGGAUCCCCCUGAAUCCCUACUUGAACCUACACAGCCUGCUCCCAGCCAGCAACCUGGCGGGUAAGGAGGCCCGGGGCUGGGGGGGCGCCGGGAGGAGCCGCCGCCCAGCUGAGGGCCUCCUGCCUCCAGCUCCAGCCCCUGGAGGUGGCAGUGGUGGAGGCAACAAGGCCUUCCAGCUCAAGUCCCGCCUGCUCAGCCCCCUUCCCAGCACCCGCCUGCCCCCAGAGCCCGACAGCUACGGCUUCGACUACCCCUCGGAUGGGGGACCUCGGCGACUCUUCUCCCACUCAAGGGAGCCCACCCUUGGGCCCCAUGGACACAGCCGACUCAAGAUGUCCCCACCGCCCACUGGCUUCAGUGAACGGAGUGGUGGGGGUAGCGGGGGGGCCCUCUCUCAUUUCUAUUCGGGCUCACCCACGUCUUACUUUGCCAGUGGCCUGCAGGCUGGCCUCAAACAGAGCCACCUCAAUAAGGCGGUCGGCUCCUCUCCGUUCAGCUCUGGAGAAGGCCUCCUGGGCCUCAGCCCAGGGCCCAAUGGCCACAGCCAUUUGCUGAAGACUCCACUGGGUGGUCAGAAACGCAGCUUUGCCCACCUGCUGCCCUCGCCUGAGCCCAGCCCAGAAGGCAGCUAUGUGGGCCAGCACUCCCAGGGUCUUGGUGGCCAUUACGCGGACUCCUACCUGAAGAGGAAACGGAUUUUCUAA